GUGGCCCACCUAUUAUCAUUAAGGUAUGGAUUGGAUAGCAUUUUUAGCUCUUGUUUACUGAUUGUCAUAAAUCUUGAUUACAACUAGAUUGCUGUCUAUAAAGCUCAUUUACAAAAGUGUCAAAUAUACCGAGAAACGUUUAUCGUGAGCAAUAGUCAUUGCAUUCUUUAAGCAAGCAUUCCUUUUACUGUGCACUAUGACUUGUUUAAAAUGAAUCCAUAUUUUGUUGUCUGUUUUUUUUUUACUAUUCUUCACUCUUGUUUUGUUUAGAGAAUGAUCUAUCGAUAUUUAUCUAUUGCUAUCUUGAUAUUAUCAUGUCAAGUGUAUGCACAAACAAAUUUUACGCUUAUCAAUCAGCAUGCAUUAGAAGAUCUUAUUGUAUUACCUGAGAGACCAUUCAGUAGACAAGAAAUAGUGCCUUCCAUACGUGAAAGAAAAGAUGGUCUAGCCCUGUAUUGGGGCCAGGGAGACUUUGGUGAAAAGCGACUAUCGUAUUAUUGUGAUCAAGAAGGUGUUUCCAUCAUGAUUCUUUCGUUUAUUGCUGACUAUGCAGGUGGACCCAAGAAGCAACCCAUUUUGGAUUUGUCGGAUAAUUGUAACAACGUCAAUAACUGUAUAGAUGCAGCAAAAGACAUUAAAUAUUGUCAAAGUAAAGGCAUCAAGGUCUUGGUUUCUUUGGGUGGUGCUGUAGGUCCUUAUCAUCGCCAAGCAUGGGAUCCUGAUCUUUUAGCUUGGUGGAUGUGGAAUAAAUAUUUGGGCGGAAGAGAUCAUACAGUGACGAGGCCGUUUGGUGAUGUUGUCCUGGACGGCGUAGAUUACGAUCCUGAAGCUGUUGAUGGCACCAACUAUGAUCGUCAUAUAGAUACCCUACGAAAACUUUUCAAGACAGAAUACCCUACACGAGAUUAUCUUAUCACAGCUGCACCACAAUGCCCAGACUUGGACUAUUAUUCAAAAAAUGCUGUCUAUAAUAUCCUUCAUCCAAGACCCGGAUACGAUGCUUAUCCUGAUAUUGUGUUUGUUCAAUUCUAUAACAACAACUGUGCUGCUUCAGGCUAUAAUCCCAGCAGAGCCUCUGCUUUUAAUUUUGAUGAAUGGAACACAUGGGCUCAAAAGAGUGAAAGCAAAGUCUAUUUGGGCGUCAUGGGAAAAGAAAAUCAUAUGGAUACAGGCUAUGUGACCUAUGAAAAACUUACAGUGAUUUUAGACGAUGUACAGCGUAGUAAAAGCUUUGGCGGUGUCAUGAUGUGGGACGCAAGUUAUGCUUAUUCAAAUCCAGUGCCUUAUCUAGGCGGUAUGCAAUACGGCCAAGCAGCCGCGCGGUAUUUGAAACAAUUAUCUACACCUAGUUCUGCUCGACUGGCCAAUGCUUUCAGUGGUAUCAAUUUAGCAUUCAAGGAAUUCAAGUUGCCCAUCUUGGUGCCUGUAGGUGGGAAAAAUGUGGAGAUGUUACCAUUGCCUUGUGCAGGUCAGCCUUUCUUGUUACUGAGAGCAGUGACUGGAAGAAGUUUGGCAGAAAGCUUUGGUUCUUCUGCAGAGUCAGUCGCUCAACAUCUAGAAAGCCUUGGUAUGAACGGUGAUCAUUUUAUCAAUCCUGGCUCUUAUGUCUGUAUGGUCUCUAAGCCUCGGUCAAAUGAUUCUCUUGUCAUUGGUUAUGUCUAUAAUUCUACCAUGACGGAUGAUUUAACCAUGUAAACAUUUCAUUUUAAAAAUAAAAUAGAUA